AUGGCUCCCUCAAAGUGGGACGAGGAAUCCGAAGAAUCAUCAUCUGAGGAGUCUGUAGACGUCCCUAUCGCCGCCCGACGCAAGUUUGCAGAUGAAGAAGAUUCCGACGAUGUCGCUGAAAACUGGGACGAAGAGGAAGACUCCGAUGUCGAAAGAGAAAAGGCCGCAAAGGCUGCCGCAGCCAAGGCCAAGGCAGACGCUGAAGCCGCUGCUAACAAGAAGUCAAAAUCUCAGCGAAUAGAGGAGCACAGAGAAGCCAACCGACGGAAACGUCUCGAAGAGGAUGGUGACGACAGUUCAGAUGAAGACGAGGCGGACAGACGGGCACGUCUACGCCAGACGGAACAAGAUGCCGACUUGAAGCAUGCACAAGAUCUUUUUGCGGACGUGGGCAUGGGACCAAAGUCUCGCUCGGCUCCUAACAAGGCCCUAAUAAUCGAAGACAAAGAGAACCCUGGUCAGACGAUUGAUCUGUCCACCCUCUCCAUGUUCAAGCCAGCGACCAAGGCACAAUUUGACACUCUUUCAGCCACCCUGGUCCCUCUGCUCAAACAAUCCUCCAACAAGCCACAUUACCCCAUCUGGAUGUCGACUUUUGUAAAGCAAAUCUGUGCCGACAUGCCAAGUUCUGAGAUCAAGAAAGCUGCCAGUGCCUUGACAGCGCUCAGCAACGAGAAGAUGAAGGAGGAGAAAGCUCAAGAGAAGGGUGGCAAGAAGAGCAAAGCCGCAAAGACGAAAUCCAGUCUUGCAGCAACCAGGGAUGUGGGUAGAGGAGUUGCAGAUGUUACGAGUUAUGACGAUGGCCUAGAGGAGGACGACUUCAUGUGA